AUGUCCUUUCUUUUUUUUCACAAUCGUUCCGCUUUCAAAAUAAUAUCAGUCUAUCUUCUCUUUUCCUUUUUGUUUCUUCGUUCAAAGACACAUUUGAAAUGUGACUUUUGCCAGCCGCUUGGGGUCCGUGAGGUCUUAUGUACAUUACUGCUUUCUUUCUAUUCUGAAGAAACGUUUUCUUUUUUCAUUUGGACAUUAAUUUUUUUCUUUCUUUUUGAUACAUUAGUUCCCUCUUUUUUUCUUACUUUGCUUUGUUUUCUUUCUUUCCCUCACGUUUUCAUUACUCUACUACAUUAUUUAUUUAUUUUUCCUUUAUAUUCAUUCACUUUCCCUUUCAUACAUUGUUUCUUGCUUUCUUUUCCUUUCGUUUUAUUUUAUCUUAUUAGUUACUUUUUCUCUAUCUUUGACUCUAGCAGAUUAUUUCUUAUUUACUUUAUUAUAGCUUUCUUCAUUUUGUUCAUUGUUACUUUCUUUCUAAAUUUUAUGACGAGAUCCCUUUUUAUACAUAACCUCAUUUGCGACAUUUAUAUUUUCCUCUUGUUUUUUCUUACGACUUCUGUUUUCAUAUUAUACGUCGUACAAAUAUUCCUAUUCCUUGUUUUCGUCUUUCGACACAAAUCUUUAAACUUUCCAUUUGCCCUGUAUUUUCUUUACCUAGACCCAUUCAUUUGUUUCUUUCUUCUAACCGUGCAAGGAUCUAUCUAUCUAUCUAUCUAUCUAUCUAUCUAUCUAUCUAUCAGUUCAUUAUCUAUGUAUCUAUUUAUCUAUCAGUUCAUUAUCUAUCUAUCUCUAAGAUUAUAUAUUGAUAUGAAUUAUCUCUCUCUGUUUCUCCCUCUCAAAGACGUUGACUUCGAUUCUUCUUCUUCUUCUUCUUCUUCUUCUUCUUCUUCUUCUUCUUCUUCUUUCUCCAUUUGCUCUUUUCUUUCUGAGAGAUGUUGA